AUCAGGACUUGAAUCUGGGCGUAGAGGAAGGGGACGGUCAAAUCGUUCAGGGCGAGGAAAGAGGAGCAGAGUUGUCGCUGCGCAGGCCCUUUUGAAUGCUUGCUGACUGCAGGGCUUGCGGAAUAUUGAGCAGAUUCUGGGCUUUAGGUGUUUCGGAUGUGUUUGUCUGUACUUUCCGGAAGCUCUGCUAUGGUGCUUGGAGGAGCAGUUUGUUGCAACGUCAGAUGAUUCUUGUGUACGUCAGGAAAUCAAUGUUCAAGGCCUUGGUAUGACAAUCUGGAGCCAAUGUGGUGUGUGUGACGAGGAUUCUGUCCUACCACAACAGUGAUAAAGCAGAUAGAGGAGAUCGAAGCGAUAGUCACACGAAGGACUGAAAGGAAGCUGGGUUUCUCUAGGAGCAUGAGAAAAGCCGCUGAGGGCCAAGAGCGGUAGCUGUUGUGUUCACAUCGGCUAUAGAGAUGCCGAACAAGCUCUUUACAGGGUUUGCUGCCCUGUUUUGUUUUUGUUUCUUCCUGCUAGGAUCGAUCAUUCAAAGAAGUUCGCUCUUUGUUCUCGAUGUGGAGAAUAAGGCAACAGUCCAGGCGGCAGAACGGGAGUUAACAGAGCGGACAUGGGAUGUGCAAGAAGGCACAACAGGGGUUGUGGCUCGGAGAGCCUUGCUAGACAGGCUUAUGCUUGAAGAAGAAGUGCCUGAAGAUGAUGAAGAAGACAAAGUACCCAGCGUGUUGCGAGAGAGCCCCGAAGGCCGCCUGAAAGUUUUCGUGUAUGACCUGCCGUCCAAGUACAACACCAAGCUGCUAGAAAAAGACAGCCGGUGUCUAAACCACAUGUUCGCUGCUGAAAUUUUUGUACAUAGAAACCUAUUGAACAGCUCCAUCCGGACAAUGGACCCCUCCGAGGCCGACUGGUUCUACACCCCCGUUUACACAACCUGUGACCUGACGCCCAAUGGGCUGCCCCUGCCCUUCAAAGCUCCUCAGCUGAUGCGGAGUGCGAUUCGUUGGGUCGCGGAGCACUACCCCUACUGGAAUAGGUCCGAAGGGGCAGACCACUUCUUCACGGUGCCCCACGAUUUUGGCGCUUGCUUCCAUUACCAGGAAGAAGAGGCGAUCAAGCGGCGGAUCCUGCCAGUUCUGCAGCGGGCCACGCUGGUGCAGACUUUUGGGCAGAACAACCACGUCUGCCUCAAGGAGGGCUCCAUUGUUGUACCCCCCUACGCUCCCCCCCAAAAGAUGCGCUCGCGGUUCAUCCCCCCCGACACACCCCGAAGCAUCUUUGUGUACUUCCGCGGCAUGUUUUAUGACAUCAGCAAUGAUCCGGAGGGGGGCUACUAUGCUAGGGGGGCCCGCGCGGCCAUUUGGGAGAACUUCAAGGACAACCCCCUAUUCGACCUCUCGAGCGACCACCCGAGCACCUACUACGAGGACAUGCAGCGGGCCGUGUUCUGCCUCUGCCCCCUGGGAUGGGCUCCGUGGAGCCCCCGCAUCGUGGAGAGCGUCAUCUUCGGCUGCAUACCCGUAAUCAUCGGCGAUGACAUCGUGCUGCCCUUCUCAGACGCCAUCAGAUGGGACGAGAUCUCUGUUUACGUCGCCGAGAAGGACGUCCAGAACUUGGACACCAUUCUGACGGCCAUCAAGCCAGAGGAGAUCAUGGCCAUGCAGCGCAAGAUGUGGAAGCCGGAGGUGCGGACGGCUAUGCUCUUCCCUCAGCCUGCGGAACCGGGGGACAGCUUCCACCAGAUUCUCAACGGCUUGGCCCGGAAACUGCCCCACAAACCGGAGGUGUUCGUGAAACCGGGGGAGCAUCCGAUUGACUGGACUGCGGGGCCCCAACAAGACCAGGAUGAGUGGCGGGGGGAUGAUGAGAACUAGCACUCUCUUACUGACUGCAGCAUCAGUAAGGACGUUUUGCACCGCCCGGGCUCGCAUGGAUUUUGUAUGCCCGCAUAGUGUGUUGAUGUACAGCUAGGAAGGGGGAUCAUGGUACCUACUAUUUAUCGUACUUCUGAGCUCGCUAUCAAGCAUUAGCGCAACCGGUGGGCGUCACAGCUGCCUGAUGUAUCUACAAUGAGUCGCAUGGCUUCUGUCGAUGCAUCAGGCAGCAUUCGCAGGUACCCAUUAGAAACAUUCAUCUAGACACUGAGUAGUCAGUUUGUCUAUAAGCGAGAGGGAUUGAAAACAAUAAUGUUCCAAAGAGUUGGAAGGCAGUGAUUGCAAAUAACAAUGCAGUGAGGCCGUUCCUCUGGUUUUGAUGCUUUUGCUCGCCCCGGUCACCAGCUGGUCAAUCGACUGGGUUUGCUGCCACCUGUUUUCGUGUACAGACACGACAUUAUAUUACACCUAGUAAAUUUCUGACCUAGCUCGGCGGUAAGUCAGCAUAAAUAAGGUGCACCUGCUGCAUAUGUAACCAUGCCAUACAAAUUACAAUUGAUCGAUCAGCUA